UAUAAAUCAGAAAGGGGGGGGGGGGGGGUAUGUCAUUCUUCUGUACCCUUGUGGAUGCUUUAGAUUAAUAAUAAUGUUCAAUUUAAAAAAUAAAUAAAUCCGAAACGGAAAAACCCGCCGCUUGAAUGACGUGCCCUGAACGCAGCAUGACACAACAACGAAGAUGGCGUGUUGUGGGAACUGUUUUUGUUGCCAGUGUUGCUGCGGAGAAGGAGAGACGCGUACCCCGGAGGAACUGGCGAUCCUCGGGGAAAUCCAAGUUGAAGAAGAUGAGAUUCUACCCAGGAAAGACUACGAGAGCCUGGACUACGACCGCUGCAUCAGUGAACCCUACAUGGAGGUCCUGGAGGGGAUGGACAGCAAGAGCGCCGCUCAGCCCCGGUUGUCCUAUGCAGAGAUGACUGAAGAUUACCCCCGUUACCCGGACAUCCACGACUUGGACCUCGCCCUGCUCAACCCCCGCAUGAUAGUGGAUGUGACCCCCUACAUGAACCCGUGUCCCUACACCGUGUCGCCCAACACACACAUCUCCCAGGUGUUCAACCUGUUCAGGACCAUGGGCCUGCGACACUUACCCGUUGUUAACGCUGUCGGAGAACCCGGGGUCCGGGGCCAAAGCGUGGAGCCUAGCCUGGGGCAGGAGCCCGGAGCCCGGAGCCUAUCCUGGAGCCAGGAGCCAGGAUUCUGGAGCCUGGAGCCAGGACCCCGGACCCCGGAGCCUAUCCUGGAGCUCGGAGCCCGGAGCUCGGAGCCCAGAGCUGGGAGCCGGGAGCCUAGCUUGGAGCCAAAGCCCGGAGCCAGGAGCCAGGAUCCUGGAGCCCAGAGCCUGGAGCCAGGAGCCAGGACCCUGGAGCCAGGAUCCUGGAGCCUGGAGCCCAGAGCCUGGAGCCGGAGCCAGGACCCUGGAGCCUGGAGCCAGGAUUCUGGAGCCAGGAUUCUGGAGCCCAAAGCCCAAAGCCCAGAGCCUGGAGCCAGGAGCCAGGACCCUGGAGCCUAUGUUUUUUCCCCCUCUUAUCAGUUUCAGAGCAUCACUUUCAAACGGAUCAAAUUUGAUUUUCCCUACUUCCGCAGUGACAGGGACAAGCGAGACUUUGUGUCCGCGGGCGCUGCUGCUGGAGUAGCUGCUGCCUUCGGUGCUCCUAUAGGUGGCACGCUCUUCAGUCUGGAGGAGGGCUGCUCCUUCUGGAACCAGGGCCUCACUUGGAAAGUGCUCUUCUGUUCGAUGUCGGCCACUUUCACCCUCAACUUCUUCCGUUCUGGGCUCAACUUUAACAAGUGGGGCUCCUUCCAGCUGCCCGGGCUGCUCAACUUCGGGGAGUUCAAGUGUUCAGAUGGAGAUAAGAACUGCCACCUUUGGACCGCCGUGGACCUGGCCUUCUUCGUCCUGAUGGGGGUGGUGGGUGGCCUGCUGGGGGCGCUCUUCAACUGCAUGAACAAGUGCCUGGCCAAGUAUCGCAUCAGACACAUCCACCCCAAGGCCAAGUUUGUCAGAGUUCUCGAGAGUCUCCUGGUUGCCAUGGUGACAACAGUGGUGAUAUUCGCAGCUUCCAUACUGUUGGGAGAAUGCCGUGACCUGUCCUCGCCGACAACCCAUAACACCACGCUGUCCGGCAGUGAGGACAUCAACUCAACCGUUCGCCAGUUCUUCUGCAACAACAAGACCUACAACGACAUGGCCACGUUGUUCUUCAACCCGCAGGAGGCUGCCAUCCAUCAGCUGUUCCACCAGGAAGGUACCUUCAGUCCCGUGACUCUGUCCGUGUUCUUCCUGCUGUACUUCCUGUUGGCCUGCUGGACCUACGGUUUGUCUGUCCCCAGUGGUCUCUUUGUCCCCUCGCUGCUCUGUGGGGCGGCUUUUGGACGUCUGGUCGCCAACAUCCUCAAAGUGUAAGGACCAUGUUUUCCUAAUG